AUGACUAUUGAUAACUCUAAGAACUACGGAUUCGGCACUCACGCCAUCCAUGCUGGUGCCCCCACCGACCCUCACACCGGUGCUGUCAUCGAGCCCAUCUCUCUUUCCACCACUUUCGCUCAGUCUGAACCUUCCAAGCCAAUUGGAAUCUACGAGUACUCGAGAAGUGCCAACCCAAACAGAGACAACUUCGAACUUGCUGUGGCCACUUUGGAGAAGGCAAGAUAUGCCAUUGCCUUGGGCUCUGGUUCUGCUACCACCGCCUUGAUCGUUCAAUCUUUGCCUAUUGGAUCCCACAUUGUCAGUGGUGGUGAUGUCUACGGAGGUACUCACCGUUACUUCACCAAAGUGGGUGUCACUCACGGUGUGGAGACCACUUUUGUCGGCGACUUGGCUCGUGACUUGCAGUCUGCCUUGCGUCCAGAGACCAAAUUGGUUUGGUUGGAGACUCCGCUGAACCCUACCUUGUCUGUCACUGACAUUUCUGCUGUGGCUGCCAUUAUCAAGGAGCACAACGCCCAGACCGGCAACAACGUCAUCUUGGCUGUUGACAAUACCUUCUUGUCGCCAUACAUUUCCAACCCAUUGGUCCACGGCGCUGAUGUGGUUGUUCACUCUAUCACCAAGUACAUCAACGGUCACUCAGAUGUUGUUGGCGGUGUUUUGGCCACCAACUCCGAUAAGUUGCACGAGCAAUUCCGUUUCUUGCAGAACGCCAUUGGUUCUGUUCCUUCGCCAUUCGACUCGUGGUUGGCUCACAGAGGUUUGAAGACCUUGCACUUGAGAGUGCGCCAGGCUGCCUACUCUGCCCAGAAGAUCGCCGAAUACUUGGCUCAGCAUGAGAAGGUUGUCAAGGUGAACUACCCUGGUCUCAAGACCCACGCCAACCACGGUGUUGUGUUGAAGCAGCACAGAGACGGCUUGGGAGGAGGAAUGAUCUCUUUCCGUAUCAAGGGCGGUGCCCACGGAGCUUCUGUAUUCACAUCUUCUACUCAAUUGUUCACAUUGGCUGAGUCCUUGGGAGGCAUUGAGUCUUUGAUUGAGGUUCCUGCCAUCAUGACCCACGGAGGUAUUCCAAAGGCAGAGAGAGAAGCCAAUGGUGUUUACGACGAUUUGGUCAGAGUCUCCGUUGGUAUUGAGGAGACUGACGAUUUGUUGGCUGACAUUGAGCAGGCUUUGGCCAAGGUCUAG